UUACAUAUAUUGUAAGACUUUCAUCCUUCCUAAAUACAAAUCCCAACUCAUCUUCCCUCCUUUUAUCCCCUAUAAAAGAAGAAUCAUGUGAACAUCUCCCAUACACAAUUAACCAGAGCUGUGAGAAAAUGGUGUGCAAGGUAGAGGACAAUGGAAAGCCAAGGAGACAGGAGCCAAUGAAGAAGACGAGGAAUGAACAGAGAGAAGUGAAGAAAGAGCCGGCGAGCCUCCAUUGCAACAAGGGCAGUAGCUGCAAGUUCAAGCGCAGCUGCUUCUGCGUGGAAGACGAUGCCAUCUCCUCGGCUAUUCUUCUCUUAGCUUGUGUUUUCUGUUCUCCAAAUUCCAUGUAGUAUUCUUCUUCUGUCAAUGGAAACUCAUGCUGUUUUUUAUUAAAUUCAUCUUAUGCAUGAUUUGUAAUAUGCUGAUGGAAUUGGUUAAAUUCUUCAUUUCGCUGUCGUGAGGUAAAUCUGUUGAUGCAAAAACCGGCAUUUGUUUGAUAUAUUGUAAGAAUUGUAGUAGUUAAGCGUUUUGCAGUGUUAAUAAUA